AUGUGCCACGUUCUCUCGCUGGAAAACGUCUCCAAUGAAGCUUCCAGCGGCGUGGAUGAACGGGGGCGGCACCAGGCGUCACUCGCAGAAAAAGACGCGUUGGACGUGAUGGCGCCGCGGGAACGACUCCCCGCUGCAUGCCACAAAUUGGCGAUGCAAUGUCUGACGUACAGCAGGGUGGGGAACGCCGUUGUGCGCUCUGCGUGGGACAGUCUGCCCAGCCCAACAAAUGUGGGCGCUGCUUUGCCUUCGUCUGCGCUGCGCAUUUACGCGAAGACACAGCCGUCGCUGACGCGUCGCCUGUCGUGGGGGAAGUUCACGCUGCAGCGGAGCCAACAUUCGCCACCCAUUAAGCCAGCCGCAUGCACCGCCACAGCUGCACCUGACGUCACCGUGAAGAAGUCGCUGGCGCAGUUGCAGAGGAGGAAUUCUCCGGAGCAGGCCGUGCCGCCAAACAAGCACGCCCUUUUUGACCAGGCAUACAGGGGACUCAUGCGAGAGCGAAUGAUCCUUGAAAAGCUAAACGAGAUUGUGGAGGAGGUUCGUGACGCGGCGUACGCUGCGGAUGCUGAGGAGUGUGACGGACUGCAGGUGGUGCACAACCCCCUCGCAGACGCCACCCUUCCGCUGUGGGCAGGAGAGAUGAGGAAUGCUCCAGCAGCCGCCGCGGCACAGACAUUGCCUGCGUUACCGUGCAUUUGUCAGCGACAAACGGUGUGCUGCAACUCCAACAACCCCUCAGGCGUGGGCUCUUCUUUUGCCGCGUCGCCACCCAGUCCGCGGAGGGGCCUGACGGCCAUGCUGCAAGAACAACGCGAAUCUCUGGGAAUAUCGGUUGAACCGUCGUUAAACGCGGAAGAACGGGGAACACUUCUUUUGAGUGUGACGCGGCCCGCACAGAACCUCCUGGCGGUAAAGUCGCUGCGGGGCGUCGACACUCUCCCAGAUUGUAGCGCAACACCUGCAGAAAAUAAAGAGCUGCAACCAGUUGUGAUGGAGGAGGCGGUUGGUAACCCGCUCGGUAUCCUGCCACGUGCGGCAUGCACAGACAUGCAGGAGGCCGGGUGCGGGUUUCAUGCCACGAAUGAAGGGCCCACGCACGACGAGACACAAAGUCCCGUGCCUGGUGCAGACGUGACCACCGCUGAUGCCGUGUACGUGCCACCCGAGGAAGACCCUCAACGUGCGCUGGAGGCGACGCUGAUGGAGGAGCGUGCAUGUCUUGAGAAACUACAGGACGCAUCGAAGGAUGUGAUUUAG